AUGUCCUAUUUUCAGAAUCAAAUCAACUCCUUUAACAGUAACGUCAUUUCCGCGGCAAGUCGCCUUCCGCAAGAACGACGGGCAGUUGGCAAUGCCGCCUCAGCGGCAGUCCCUCCCGCUCAAGCUUUUGCUUCAUCUAACGCAGCACCGGCGGCGACAAACGGCAAACGUCAAGAUGGCGACAUCGUGUACUCCCAACCCGCAAACACGGGUACGGGGAAAGACAUCAUGACACAAGUCAUAUUCGCCAUCGAGCACAUGAAGAACAAAGAUGUUCCGCUGAAGUUCUCAGAUAUUCAAUCCUACUUGUCUUUACACCGCCAAGGACAUGAUCAGGCUUAUAUUCAUGCCUUGAGACGGAUUUUACAGUCGCAUGACAAAGUUGAAUAUGAUCCGCAGGGUGCUGGGAGUGAAGGGACCUUUCGUUUUCGGCCUCCGCAUAACAUUCGAUCGGCAGAACAACUUCUUCAAAAGCUCCAGUCGCAACCUACCGCCCAAGGAAUGAGUGUGCGAGAGCUGCGCGAGGGUUGGCCCAAUAUUGUCGAAUCGAUAAACAAACUGGAGAAGGAAGGGAAGCUGCUGGUUACUAGGAAUAAGAAGGACGACCAUCCAAGGAUGGUUUGGGCAAAUGACCCGUCUCUGGUCCACCCAUUCGACACCGAGUUUCGGCAGAUUUGGGAAAAGGUCAAGAUUCCGGAUCAGCAAACUGUUGCCGAUGAGCUUGAGAAGGCUGGGAUUACGCCUACAAGCAAACAUAAGGCCGUGAAGCAACGGCCGAAGGUUGAGCAGAAGAAGGUAAAGAAGCCACGGAGAAGCGGCAAGACUACCAACACGCAUAUGGCUGGCAUUCUGCGGGACUAUUCUCACUUGAAAAGGUGA